AAACUAGUGAGUACCAACAAUGACAUUGAAAAUGCAAUUCCAAAUAAAAUUGUGGCUAAAGAUGGGAGUGGAGAUUUCAAAACUAUUGCAGAAGCUCUUUCUUCCUAUCCCAAGAACCACAAAGGCAGAUACAUUAUAUAUGUUAAAGCCGGAAUAUACAAUGAGUACCUAACUGUUACAAAAGAACAAGUGAAUGUCUUUAUGUAUGGAGAUGGACCUAGAAAGACAAUCAUCACAGGAAGAAAGAAUUUCAAUGAAGGAGUUUCAACCAUUAGAACUGCAACAUUCUCUGCAAUUGGAAAUGGAUUUGUGGCGAAAUCAAUCGGAUUUCAAAACACAGCAGGAACAGAAGGACACCAAGCAGUGGCACUUCGAGUUCAAUCAGACAUGUCUGCAUUUUACAAUUGUAGAAUGGAUGGUUACCAAAACACAUUAUAUGUUCAAACACAUCGUCAAUUCUAUCACAACUGUGUCAUAUCAGGAACAGUCGAUUUCAUCUUUGGAGACGCAGCAGCCGUCGUCCAAAACUCGUUGAUCAUCGUUCGAAAGCCCGAGAAAAACCAGAACAAUGCAGUGACUGCCCAAGGCAGAGUUAACAAACAUGAAACAACAGGCAUAGUUUUACAAAACUGUAGGAUUGUACCUGAACAGAAAUUCUUCUCAGAAAGAUUGUUAACACCAACAUACUUAGGCAAACCAUUGAAAAAGUACUCUAGAACUGUGAUCAUGGAGUCUAUAAUUGAUGAUUUGAUUCAACCAGCUGGUUGGCUUGAAUGGGAUAAUGGUGAUUUUGGUCUUAACACAGUUUACUUUGCUGAGUAUGCAAAUAAAGGACCUGGUGCUGUAACUGAUCAGAGAGUGAAAUGGAAUGGUUUUAAAGUCAUUACUGAUAAGAAUGAAGCUCUUCAAUUCACACCAGGUCAAUUUAUUCAAGGAAAUUUAUGGUUAGAAGAAACUGGGUCGCCAUUUUUUCUUGGAUUGAAGAAUUAAUUCAUCUUAUAUUUUCAAAUAAAUACUUGAAUAGACAUAUUCAGAGGAUGAGAGGAUGGUAGUGAUUAAUUAAUCCUAUCCCCACCUUGUUGAUUAUAUAAAAUAAUAAUUUAAAAAAGAAAAACAUUCUCAAUUAAUGUUUAGUUACAUGUUUUUUUGUUUGAUACAAUUGUGUAUUUGUAGGCUUAUUGCCUGGUUUUAAUCAAUAAUAGUAUGCAUUUACAGUACUA